AUCGGAGCAGGAACCAUGUCUUCAGAACCUCAGGAAGGUUCUGUCAGAGAACAACUUUCUGCUGCUGAAGGAACCAUCGUCCAACACGAGGAGGAGCUCUGUCGUCAGCGCAGACUGCUGGAUAGUAGCUGGAACCCGCAGCUUCAGCUACUCGUGGUUGCAGUUCUCCCCCAGCACUAUAUGACUGAAGAGGAUUUCUGUAACCAGCAGAGGAAUUUCAAAUUGCCACAGGAUGAACCUGAACCACUACAGAUUAAAGAGGAACAGGAGGAACUAGAACCGCCAAUGAUUAAAGAGGAACAGGAGGAACCAGAACUACCACAAAUUAAAGAGGAACAGGAGGAACCAGAACCUCCACAGAUCAAAGAGAGGCAGGAGGAACCAGAACCACCACAGAUUAAAGAGGAAGAGGAGGAACCAGAACUACAACAGAUCAAAGAGACCAAAGACAAGCUCUACAUUAGUCAGAAUGAAGAGCAGCUUGAUCUGAAGCAGGAGACUGAUACCUUGAUGGAGAUUCCUUCUUAUGAGGAAGAUGAGAGCAGUGAAGUAGAUCUAAACAAUCUACCUUGCUUUAAUGUUACUGUUAGUCAGGAUGAAAAAACUACUUCAAUUACAGAUGAAGAGAUAGACGCACAGAACAGACAGCAGAGGACCCCAAGUUUCGGUUACUUGUCUCAGUUUAGACUUCAUAUGAGAAUCCAUAAAAAGGGGAAGUCUUUGUCUUGUAAAGAAUGUACUAAAAGUUUUAGUGAAAUAAGUUAUCUCAAUUCACACAUGAGAACUCACACAGGAGAUAAGCCUUUUUCUUGUAAUGAAUGUGAUAAACGUUUUAGUUAUGCAUCUCGUCUCAAAAGUCACAUGAAAAUUCAUACAGGAGAAAAGCCUUUUUCUUGCAAAGAAUGUGAUACAAGUUUCAGACGAAAGACCCAUCUUAAUUCACACAUGAGAACUCACACAGGAGAAAAACCUUUUUCUUGUAAAGAAUGUGAUAAAAGUUUCAGACAAAUAGCCCAUCUCAAUUUACACAUGAGAUCUCACACGGGAGAGAAGCAUUUUUCUUGUAAAAAAUGUGAGAAAAGUUUUAGGCAUGUAUCUCAUCUCAAAAGUCACAUGAAAACUCACACAGGAGAAAAGCAGUUUUCUUGCAAAGAAUGUCAAACAAGUUUUAGUUGGUUAUCUAGUCUCAAAAGUCACAUGAGAACUCACACUGGAGAAAAGCCUUUCUCUUGUAAACUAUGCGGUACAAAUUUUAGUCGAUUAUAUACCCUCCAAGGUCACAUGAGAAUUCAUACAGGAGAAAAGCCUUUCUCUUGUAAACUAUGUGAUACAAGUUUCAGUCGGUUAUCUACUCUCAAAAAUCACAUGAGAAUUCAUACAGGAGAUAAGCCUUUUUCUUGUAAUGAUUGUGAUAAAAGUUUCAGGCAAAUGGGCCAUCUCAAUAUACACAUGAAAACUCACACAGGAGAGAAGCCUUUUCCUUGUAAUAAAUGUGAAAGAGCUUUUAGUUAUCCAUCUCAUCUCAAAAAUCACAUGAGAACUCACACAGGAGAAAAGCCUUUUUCUUGCAAAGAAUGUGAUAAAAGUUUUAGUUGUUUAUUUAGUCUCAAAAGACACAUCAGAACUCACACAGGAGAAAAGCCUUUCUCUUGUAACAAAUGUAACAAAGGUUUCAGUGAUUUAUCUAAUUUUAAAAAGCACAUAAAAACUCACACAUGAGAUAAACCCUUUUCUGUGUAAAGGAUUUUGUUUAAACUCUUUACCUUGGCAAGAUGGGAAAACUUAGCAGAGAACUCCAGCAGUAAAAGACAUUAGCGCCCAAGAUAAAAAGAGGGAAAUAUGAUGAAAAAGUAUCACUUUUCUUUUGUCAAAAAUAAACUGGAAUUUAUACAUAACUUCCACAGAUAUAUUAAAAACAUUUUUUUGAUGAUUUUAUUGUUUCUUUGAAAAAAAAAGAUCCAAAGUUCAUGAAAUUCAUUCUUUUAGAUGUACCUGUAAAUAGUAAAAUGUUGUUUUGAAUCAUAAUUCUACGUAUACACUGACCUUGGCAACUGUCUAGUGUGGCCGGUUUGCUUGUAGAGCCUGAAAACGCACUUAAACCUGCGUAGCAACACUUUGGUUGACAGGCUUUCACAUAGACUUUUCAUUGAAAGUGGAAUUUCAGGUAACUGCAAUGACACUGAAGAAACUGGUUGUCUAAAUAGGACUGUAAAUAGGAAAGUCUAGGUUUGUACCCACAGCUUCCUGCACACAGAAACGAAUUAAUAAUGACUCAGAGACAGGUUCUUAUCUUUUGAAGUUUACUCUGUACAAGCAGCACAAAUCAGGAUGUAUGAAGGGUUACAGACAAAAUGAACAGAAUGCAUUCAAAGUCCGCACACCGAGAUGCAGGAAGAUGGGCUUGGUAUAUAAACCCUGAAUUUGCGUAUUCAGAAGGUGGUCCGAUGGACAAAGAUGUGAAAAUCACACCCACAAGUUGUUACAGGCGAGGUGCUCCAAGGUCAAGAUGCUUCAACCCUCAUAUAUCUCUGAGGCUCUCACGGUCGUUUAGCAGAGCACACACACCAGCACACACAAAAGGAAAAGGGAGGAUGGAAGAAUUCUGUGACAAAAUAGUUUUGUUGUGCUGUCUUCAAAUGUAAUAUAAUUUUGAGAUGAUAAUAUGUGCUUAAUGAAUUAUGUUUGAACCAUUAGUGUAGUAAAAAGUUAAAAAGGGAGUUUCUAACUAUUCUUAACAGACACCAAGUCAUAAAUCGAAAUACAGCUGUAAAAGAAAAAGUCUGGAAUAAGAUAUGUGUUUUGACAUUUCUCAUCAAACCUCUUCAAACUGCAGGUACAUGAGCAGGUAUGGGAUAGCAAUUGGUGUGACACCAUACGCUAAAAGUUUUUGAUAUUUUUUUUUAUUUGAUUUCAAAUGGUUUAUUUCAAGCAAUCAAAGCAAGACUAAUUCACAAAACAAUACAACCAGCAGUUUUACACUCAUACAGACAUAAAUAACUUGGGAUGAUUUGUCAAGUGCGCUCAAGAAUGCCCGUUAAGCGCAUUCUUGAAUGUGCCCCCAUCCUUGGUGUACAUAGCAUAAGAGUUAAAUCUUCCUCUCUUGAAUGGCUUUUAUCAUAUUAAAGUUACCGUUUCCUUUUCUACUUGCAUUGUUUGUUGAUUUGAUUUUAAAAGAAAUUUUGCUAAAUAUAAAUCAAAAGGCAAUGUUCAUUUUUGUUGUUGUGGGUUGAUUUAGAUUGGUAUAUUUUUUUGUGAUAUAAUUUGGUUUAAAGUUGCUCAGUUGACCAUUGAGACGAUGUGUAAGUUGUUUUGUCUCUGUUUUACCAUGACAACACUAGAAAUGUUGUGUAUACGUCACUAACACUUUUUUGUGAUAAGUGAAUGUUUCAUUUUAUUGUUUUAAACUUAAAGUGACUGCAUUUCAUACUUUGAAAUGUUGAGUCCUGUGACCAAAUAACUAUUUUGUAACAAAAAAAUGUGAAAAAAAGGUUGUAAUAAGAAGUCAGAAAAAGAAAUAGACUGGUCUUCUUGUGAUUCAUGUUUUCUAGUAGACAUUAGAACUGUUCCUCUGUUCUAUUUGGUUCUCUGUCCUAGUCUUUACUUCGAAGAAUAAAGUGGACAUGAACAUCAA